GAGGGGAGGGGAGAGAAAGAGCAAGAGAGAGAGAGAGAGAGACAGAAAGCAAGGGAGAAAGAGAGCACAAUUCACUCGGUGAAUCGCUUGCAAGCUUUGGGCUGAUAAUUAGGGAUCUCGGGAGAGCAGUUUCUCAGAAUCACCUGCUCUCCUUCAAACGGACCGAAUGAAGACGGUGGUUCAGUCCUGCUGAUAUUUUUUAAGCCCUCCUCGCAGUUUGAUGGGCAUUCCCAGUGCUUUUGUGCACAUCUCGGAAAGCGUUGACGUGGAAAGGAGCAGCGAGGAGGGGGAGGUUGGAGAAAAAAACCCGCAGCUCCUCUAAAAAUACGGAGGGCAUGCAAGAGUGCGAGCAGGCUGGCGAGGAGGGCGAGGUGAGCGCGCCUCGCGCCAUGUUGCCCGGGUGCCGGCGCGGCGCAGUUUCGGAGAUGUCCCUCCUGUGACUGGACGCACCAUGAGCAUCUGGGAGGUGAUCCUGGCUUUCGUGGUGGUGGUGCUGAUGCUCGUGGCCCUGCUGGCCAACGUGCUGGUGCUGCUGUGCUUCCUGUACAGCGCCGACAUCCGCAAGCAGGUCCCGGGAUUGUUCAUCCUCAACCUCACCUUCUGCAACCUGUUGAUGACUGUUUCGAACAUGCCCCUGACCUUGGCUGGGAUCAUUUACGAGAGUCAACCAGGAGGAGAUCAGAUCUGCCACGUUGUGGGCUUCCUGGAGACUUUUCUCACCACGAACUCCAUGUUGAGCAUGGCAGCUUUGAGCAUUGACAGGUGGAUUGCUGUGGUCUUCCCUCUAAGUUACCACUCCAAAAUGAGGUACAGAGAUGCUGCUCUCAUACUGAGCUACACGUGGUUACACUCGGUGUCGUUCCCGAUAGUGGCAGCUUCUCUCUCCUGGGUGGGUUUCCAUCACCUCUAUGCCUCCUGCACCCUGUACAACAAGAGACCAGAGGAUAGGACACAGUUUGUGAUUUUCACAGGGGUCUUUCACACCCUCAGCUUCCUCCUCUCCCUUAUAGUCCUGUGUUUCACAUAUCUAAAAGUGCUGAAGGUGGCACGGUUUCACUGUAAGCGGAUUGACGUGAUCACUAUGCAGACCCUGGUGCUGCUUGUGGACAUCCAUCCCAGCGUAAGAGAGCGUUGUCUAGAAGAACAAAAGAGACGGAGGCAGCGAGCAACAAAGAAAAUAAGUACCUUUAUUGGUACUUUUAUACUUUGUUUUGCACCUUAUGUAAUCACAAGACUUGUUGAAUUAUCCUCUGUGGUCCACAUCAAUUCCCACUGGGGAAUCAUUUCCAAGUGCUUAGCUUACAGCAAAGUUGUUUCAGACCCUUUUGUGUACUCUCUGCUACGGCAUCAGUACAAGAAGACAUGGAAAGACAUCAUAAACAAGAUCCUCAAAAGAAGCUCCAUCAAUUCCUCAGCCCUCACGAGCGAAUCGCACAAUCAGAAUAUAUUGCAGCUGAACGAAUGAGGAGCCUGGUAUGGGACCUACGAGACGCAUAGAAAGAUAGAUGGGAAACAAGAGUAACUGGCCUAUCCCUAGUAGCUAUCCUCAGCUGUCAAGGUUUCGGGAGGCAGUCGUGGAGAGGUUGAAGCCCAGCCCGUGUCCCUCCGGUAGCCCACGUAACACCUAAGGGAAGCAGGCUACUUUGCACCUCCUGCCUCCGACUGAAAGAGCGCUAUUGAUCGCGGUCCUGCAGGCUCCGCAAAUACAAAUCUCCCAUUGAUUUCCAUCGGCAGUGACACACACAUAUAGGGUAAAAAGCUAGUCCUCAGCAGAAGGACUCAUGAAAGUAAUGGGAGCAAACUGGUGCCAUCGUAAGAUUAUUCUAAAAAGCUGCACAGGGUUAUUUGUGCUGCUUUUUUUCACUGGCUGCAGGGAACGCUCCCUCUGAUGGAGCUGCCAACCUGGCUUUACAAAAACUCUUAAUAGGAAAAACUUAACAGAAAAAUCUUUACCUAGAUACUCAUAGAGUGCCCAACAUAGCUUUCAACCUCUUCUGAUACAUAUUUUUUGAACAAUCCUGUAGAAUUGAAGGCAGAGAAAAAUCAGUUUUGAAGCAUGCUAAAGGCUGGAUUCAGCCAUGUCUUCUCUAAGUUUUUUAAGUAACUUCCACAGAAUCCCAUUAGUUUUCUUCCCAUUAAAUUUCAGAAAAGUAAAAAC